GUGGGGUUCACCGGGAUUCACGGACACACACGUUGCGUGUGUCGGCAUUUCACAAUGCUGCAUGUACUCAAGGCCGUACCCAGGACCCAGGACGUAUCGUCGGGUCGUCGAUUCAUUUAUGUCGCAAGCAGGACGACAGGCACAUGUAGAAUCACAUCCACAUAAACAUACAUACAUACACACAUACACACAUACACAGACAGGCAGACAGACUCACUCCCGCUGUACAAGAUUCACACCCACACUCCCGCUCCCAUAUAUCAAAUUAUCACGGAGCAGCCACGUUCGCUCGCCAGCCCCCGUCGCCACCAUUUUAGGAGGCAGGGGGGGCGAGCAUGCUGUCUCUUCUGCCGCCAUCCACCCAUCCAUCAACGGCCCAACUCAGCUGCUCAUCCCACAAGCUGGGCUGACUCACUUGUGGUUUCCCCGUUGAAGCGUCCAGUCCGGCAUGGGGACGGUCCUGUAUUGGCUGCCGGUGCUCGAUCCUGCCCGACUUGUGCUGGGACUGGAUGGACGAUUCAGCUUGUUGGUACUAGAGGCUGCAUUGCACGGCACCCAUCCAACACAGCACAACCACACGCAGACAGACAGAUACUCAGAUGCACGCUUGCGGGCAAGUAGGUGGGUGGGUGCUUACACGAGCUGCUGCCGGGCUUUUUUAUGUCAUCAUUGGAGACGCCGAGUGCCUUGGCGAUCUCGUCGUGACUGUCGCGCUGCAUGGUGCUCUCAUGGCCGCCAGGACCUGAAUGUGGGCACCACGGAGAAACAGUGAGCAUGACAAGCCCACACUUUCAUGCACGUGUGCUUGAUAUGGUCACCCACCGAGCUUGAGGUUGGCGGGCAGGAUGGACUCUGAUGGGGGUGGCGUCGCAUCCUCGGGGAUCUGUGCUUCGCCACCGAUGGACACCGCACUCCCAGCUGGCGGCCUUCAUUCAAAAUGACACCACACACACACACACACAUGUGUAUAUCCAUGUAUGCUGCCAUGCCAUUGACGGUGUCAACGAUUGCCAUCUUCCCCAGUCCUCACAUUUGCUCAUCGGCCGUCUCGUCGUCGGUCAAGUCAAUUUCUUCCUCUGUAUCCUCCGCAGCAGAUUGCUUUUCCUGCCCCUUCUGGGCGUCCUCGUCCGACUUGGGUGCGAUUGGUGCCGGGGGUGGCGGGCGGCCGCCGUCCGCUGCCUCGUCGCCCUGUGCGUCCGCAACCGGCUCCUCCAUGGUCUGGUCGUCACUUGCCUGUGGAAACGCGGGCAGACGGAGUGCGAGGCGUGUGGGAUGAUGGGUGGGUCAUUCCCAUGCACCUACAUACCUGCAGCAUCUCAGCCUGCUUGCCUUCGUCGUCGUCGUUGUUCGCCUCCUCCCUCUGCCGUUUCUUCCUCUGCUGGCGCCUCUCUUUCGGGCUCAUGGUUUCCUCUUCGUCUGCCCGGGACACGCACCACACAACACACACAAGACAUCAGACAUGCAUAGAUACAUCUGUCACUGUCGUGCGCACCGUCGUCGGCUGCCACGUGUGCUUGCAAGUCUGGGUCAACGUCCCUGGUCCGCUCGCUCUUGUCCUUUUUUUCCUUCUGUGCCUUCUUCCUCUUCUCUCGUGGCGGCGGCCCCCUCUUCUCCCUCUCGCCGUCUUCCCCGCCUUCUGCGUCACCGUCGUCGGCGCCCAUACUCAUCGCCACGUCGUCAAGCUCUUCGUCACUCAGCAAAAUCUGCCAACCGAUCGACAACGAUGCAGACAUACGUGUAUAUGGGUGCAGGGGGAAGGAGGGGAAUGUACCGAUCCGUCCGGCCCGAUCUGGUCCGCAGUGAUGAACGUGGCGUCGCGGAGCUCUUCGUCGGAGAUGGUAGGCGCGGUCCCUGUACGGCGACUGCUGAACGGACCUCCGCCCCUGAGUGACACCAACACAUGCACCAACAGACGUACAGCAUACAGAAAGGAAGGAUGUGUGCGCAUGUCCUCACCCUUGUGCCACGGGGCCCUCUCUGCCUCUAGCGCGAGCCAAGUCGCCGAACACGGUUUCGCUGAGUGGUCUGUAGUCCGAGUUCAUGUGGGGGUUGCCCUGCCGGCAACGCACCUCAAGAGGGUCAUUACACCUACACACGGACAGCAGUGCCAGUCAGCCAACAAAUAGCCAUACACCGACAUGACAAGAAGGUACCAUGUAUUUUGCUGCGAUCGUGGUGCGUUGCCAGUGCCGGGGCGGUUCUGAAGGGCUUCAGCAAAGCCGCCAGAGGGCGGCCCCAGGCCGCCGAAAGGACCCCCCCUACUCCCGCUGCCACCCCCUAUGUCGGCUGAGCCCAUCGGCAGGUCAGACGCGCCACCGCGCGCCUGCAUGACACGUAUGACCCAGUAACACUCACAUCGAAAUUGUGUCAAAAAUCAUGGCUAUCUGUCGCACUGCACCGCACCUACCUGCAUAGCUUCUACAUUGGGCCGUCUUCGUGACGAUGACGGCGUCCUUCCUGCGCUGGUGGGCUCGAAGCCCUCGAUGGACGGCUCGGUAGGCUGGCGCGGUUGAUUGAUGUUUGGAUUCACACGUGCAGGAACACAGGCAGACAGAGAUAGAGUUGCCUCCAAUCUCCAAGUGAGUGGAUGGAUGCGUGCAUUGUGGUCGGUUGGUGUGCUGCGCCUGCCUGUCUGUUGCCGAAGAGUCCUCCCCCUCCACCUCCACCUGCGCCCAAGCCGCCCAUCGAAGGGCCACUGGGAUUGGGAUUGCGCGACUUGGCGAACUGAUUCACAGCACCUGAUCAUACGUGACACGCCGGAUCUGUGGUUGGUGCUCUCGCAGUCGGCUUCCUUGUCAGAUGCAUUUCUCACCCAGGAUUGGCGCCACGACGCUCUGUGACGGCCCAGGGAUGGCGCCGGCAACCAUCUGACCAACGCCCUGCAGGCAGCAACACACAGCCGCAAACAACCAAACUCAUUUGAUCAGGCCAUUGAUGCAGGAUCAUCCCGUGGCUUCUCACUUACCGAUGCAGCCUGAAGGACUCCCAAGGCGCUGCCGUCGCCCUUGCCGAUGCCCUGGAGCUCCCUCCCAUGCUCCAGAAAACCGCCGUCCACACUGCUUGCUGCUCCGUCGCUCAUCGGCGGCUCCUCGGGCAUCUUGACGGCCUCGUACCAUGCUGAUACCGGGUCCAGCAGGCCGAGCAGGGCCAGCAGACCAAGCACGACCAUGACAAACAUGUCACACACACUGAAAACUCCAACAGUCAGCUCGCACCACGUACAAACGUAAAUUCGAUCUAUGGAACGGCGCUAGCCCAUGCUGCGCGUGGCGUCUUGU